AUGAAAAUAGCUUUAGAAGUCAAAAAUAAGCUAGGUUUUGUGGAUGGAAGCAUCGUGAAGCCGGCUGAAACUGAUCCUAAGUAUCCAAUUUGGAGGCGAUGUAAUAAUAUCGUCUGCUCCUGGUUAUAUAAGUCCCUGAGUCCUACCAUCGCAGAAGUAGUCCUUUAUUUGGAAGAUGCUGCGGAUAUUUGGAAUGCUCUCAGGAAGAGAUACUCCCAGGUUGAUCCUCAUAGGAUCGCUGAGUUGCAGAACGAGAUCUAUCGUUGUUCUCAAGGUAAUCUAUCCAUAAAUGAGUAUUUCACUAAAAGUAACAGUUUAUGGAUGCAAUUGAAUGCUAUGCGGCCUAUUCCUGCUUGUGAAUGUGUACCAAAAGGUUGCUGUAAUCUUGUAAGCAAAAUUCGGAAAGAGAAAGAGGAAGAUCAGAUUAUCAGGUUCUUAGAAGGUCUGAAUGAGGACUAUGAGAACAUCAAAUCUGGAAUCCUGGUUAUGGACCCCAUGCCAGCUAUAGAAAAAGUCUUGAACAUGACUUUGAAAAUGGAGAGGAAGCUCAAGAGCUCAAUUAACACCAAGAGUACUGAUCUGGUCCAGGCAAAUGCAGUGAUGAAUAAUCAGCAAGAAGCAGAAGAACAGGUCAUGGUGGCAGUAACAACUUCAAAUAACAAGAAGAAGUUUAGUGGUAGUUCAGGAAGAAAUGUGCCUAAGUGCACUUACUGUGGAAUGGUGGGACACACAAUUGAGAAAUGUUAUAAGAAACAUGGAUACCCCCCUGGGUGGGUUCCAGGGUUUAAAUCCAAGAAUAAAUAUAAUCAGGACAGUCAACAGUCUCACAAUGCUUCUGUGAAUCAGAUUGGGGAAGCAGGGCUGUCUGUUGAGCAGUUUCAAAAACUUCUCACUCUUUUGCAAGGCCAAAACCAGCCUGGACAUGCUUCAACUAGUGCAGCUGUGGCAAUGAAUAGCACUGGUCUCAGAUCAGACUUCAAGAAUUGGGAUGAAGGCAACAAAGGAGGCCAUCAAGAGUGCAGAAUGGAGGCAGGCCAUGGAAGCUGA